AUGGCCGAAACAACAAGCCCUGAAGCCAAUAUCGAAGCACAAGCACCUAAAGAAAAGUACUGCCACGUCAAGCAGCCCCGAGAAGAUAAGAACCACCCCUCCGAGCGCUCGGAUACAGAAGGAUACGCGAAUGCCACUUUCAUCAAACAACCCCUAGACAAGGAUCACGAGGAACUGAACGAGCUGCUAAAGUCACUACCUCAUGAUGAUCAGGGAAUCCUACAUGUCGGGAGCGACGGCGUUGUCAGAACACUCACGGCAGACCGUGACGUCCUGGGUGCGGUCGCCCUUCCGCCUAGAUUGCUCAAGGCAAUGCUUGAUAUCUUGCCUUAUAGCAAAGAAGCCGAAGACAAAUUUCGAGGCGUGGAUGGCACUCUUGUGCCGAGGGAGCAAUGGUUUCACCCUGAUAAGAGUUUACUGCCGCCACCUUUGACGGCGGAGCAGAAGGAGGAGGGUAGGAAGUUUAGGGAAGAGCAUAAGGAAGUACUUGAGAGGAGAAAGAAGGAGAUGGAGACGGAAGAGAGAAAGGUUGUUAUUAUCUCGGACUAUGAUAUAAUUCUGAAAUGA